UUCAUAGUCGAACGCCAGCGAAUCGCCGAAAACAACCGCUCGCUGGUAAUGUUUCCGGCGAGCGCCUGCAUGAAGAAAGAAAAUUUUGGUCUUUUCAUAGACAGUCGCCAGCGCAUCGCUGGCGGGCGAAGAGGAUGGCGCAUAUUCAGCGAUUCAAUUUUGUUUACAUUUUUUAUGGUUGUGUUGAAAUAUAUGGGUCUUGAUGUUCCUCUUUUCGUUAUGGUCAUAAUACCUAAUGCAUCGAAAAAUUUCUAAAUAAAAUCAGUUAGUCGACGAUAAUCGUUCUAGGACGAACCAGUCAUUUUAAAAGUUUUCAGUUUUGUUUUAAUUUUUAUGCAAUUAUGGCAGUUCCUUAUACUCGAGAAGAUAAAGAAGUAUUGGUCCACAUUAUAAAAAAAUACCAUAUCAUUGAAGAUAAGCGAACAGAUGCAUCAACAAUUAAGAAAAAGAAUGCGGCAUGGGCCAGCGUUACAGACGACUUUAACGCAAGUCGAACUACAGAAAAGCGCACUAGUGUUCAAUUAAAACGUUGUUGGGAUAAAAUUAAAAGAAAACGCAAAGAAGAAUUAGCUGAGGAACGACGUUCGAGAAUGCUUACAGGAGGUGGUGAAUCCAUGCCUGAUAAAAUUUUAAUUCCUGGUGUUGAUGAAGUUGUUCCGCAUUUAACGGAACAUGUGGAAAAUCCUUUUGAUUCAGAUGGCAAAUUUGAAUCAGCAGAAAAAGAUUAUACAAUUCUAGAUAUAUCCGAACCUUCACAUACAAUAACAAAAGACCAGUCAUCAUUACCAGAAGAUAAUAAUGCACCAUCCACAUCCUCCACCAUCCAGAUAAAAUCUGUUAGCCAGCGAUUCUAUUUCUCGUAAAAGGCUAUAUCCGGAUGAGAAAAAAAUAUUACAAAAUAUUACAAAGCAAAAAGAUAAAGUUGUUUUUGCUAAAUCGAGUGGGGACUUGAAUGCUCUUUUUAAGGAGAGGAUUGUUAAUGCCAAAUUAGAAAGACAGCAUUUAAUAGACAUCCACGAAAUAAACAAACAAGAAGCUAUUGAAAAAAGAGAAGAGGCGAAAAUUAGAAGGCAAAUAGCGGAAGUGGAGUUAUCAAUAAAAAGGGAGGAAUUACGUCAACUUUUAUUAAAAAACGAUUAAUUUAUUAUCAAUUUAUUAAUUAAAAAAUUAUUCUAAAUUAUAUUAAGUAAUGCCUAAUUGUUAAUAUGCCAUAUAUUUUAGUAAUAAAGUUAGAUUUGGUUAGUUAAUAGGUUUCAAUAUAGUUAUAUAUGUAUAAUAGCAUAAUAUAA